AUGGCAAUGGUCAUAACGGAAACGGUCACAAUGGCAAUGGUAAUGGUCAUAACGGAAAUGGCAAUGGUCAUAACGGAAACGGUCACAAUGGCAAUGGUAAUGGUCAUAACGGAAAUGGCAAUGGUAAUGGUCAUAAUGGAAACGGUAAUGGAUUUACCAAUGGUAACGGUCAUAAUGGAAACGGCAAUGGAUUUACCAAUGGAAACGGACACAAUGGAAAUGGCUUUAAUGGAAACGGAAAUGGUCACAAUGGUAACGGAUUUACAAAUGGAAACGGUCACAAUGGUAAUGGCAAUGGUUUCACCAACGGAAACGGAUUUAGGAGGAGGUCUUCCCUUCCUUCAAUUAUCCCUUCCAACUUCCGUUGCAGCUAGUCCAUUAAAAACAGGAGCGAGUAGUUAUUAUUCAAUUUAUCGGCUUCCCUUAACUCAAUCAUCCGGAUCGAGAGUUUUCACUACGUUUAACGGAGGAAACACUCUAUCAUCUUAUCCCGCACUUCAAGCAUUAACUACCGCUCCCGACGUAAACAAUUUCUAUUCCUACUCUCAAGUUCCAUUAGGUACUACCUCUCAAGCAUUCGGUAGUGGUUCGUAUCCAUAUUACUUUAGUCAAGGAAGUGGUUUACUUCAAACCGGAGUCGGACAACAUUAUACAUUGCUUACCAAUGUUACUUUCAAAUCGCUCAUCAUCAACAAUGAUGUUCCUUCAAAAAAGUGUUCCAAUUAA